AUGAGACAGGAUAAGAACUCUUGCGACAGCAGAGGAGUUGGUGGACUUGCUGUGCUCGUCAACACGAGUAUGGCAGGGAACAUCAACUUUCUUGAACAAGUUACGACCGGAAUCGGACGUGAAGAGAUGAGAAGAUGUGUUCCAAUGCCAGUUUUGACCAUCUUCGUCGCCUACGCUCCAACGUCAAGUAGAGCCUGUACCUUGCACAAGUUUGUUGAUAGUGAUUUCAACGCCAAAAUUAGCCUCAGAAGAACGUCCGAGGAUUUUCACUUCGGAUACCACGGUCCUCAAAGGAAUGAGGAGGGGAUUUUUGUUGCCAAAAAUGACCUUAACGGAAAUUUCUUUCUCAUUGUAGUGAAUUCGACGGUUACGCUUAACUCGUCUACUCUUUCUACACUGUCCAUAAAUGAGUCCACUAAAACACAAGCCUCGACAAUAUAUUCGACAACAGCAGAAAUGAUGUUUGAAAAUUCCACCUCUAGGAAAUCAACUCUUACCGCAACAGAAUCCACGGAAACGAGUAGUGUGACGAAAAACGAGAGCACAACUUCACUUGAACUCACAUCAAUGUCUACAACUCUGAACAAAACCAGCACACCUGCUAGUAGAUCAUCCGGUAGCUCAAUUUCAACUAUGGAAGGUAGCACCUCAACUAGUCCCUCUGGUGUUCUCGCAAGAAACAAAACCAGCACACCUGCUACUACAUCAUCUAUUAACUCAACAUCAACUAUGCAAAGUAGCACCUCAACUAGUUCCUCUGAUGCGCUUCCAAGAAACAAAACUAUUUCAACGUCAGCAAUUCUGACCGAAACCAGCACAGAACCACCUUCUGAUGUGCAUGACUCAUCUCCUGUGAGUACGCAGCAACUAUUAACUUCUUCCGCUACGACAUCCACUCACUCUACAGAUUUGCUAAAUUUAACAGAUUCUACAUUAACAAAAGAGCCCAACUCGACGACGCACACCAUUCCUGUUGAUGUGCUAUUUAAAAGUACUACUCAAACUUCUACUACUACUACCAUACCAACAACAACGAUGAAGUCAACAACGUCAACACCAACACUGUCGACAACAGAAUCUGUUACGUUACUGCGUACCAGCAGUAUGUCAUCGACUUCUGUAAACACCACUAUUGCUAUCACUGGGCAGACAAGACUAACCACUUUAUCUCGGAAAAUACAAUCCAUGAUUAGCAGCCCUCGUCAAAAGACAAUUCCACCCAAAAAGAAGGGGAAACUUAACGAAAACGAAGGGAAUUCUUGGACAAUUAUUGUCGGGGUGUUCGCAGUUAUGCUGUUCGUAGUUGCUAUCGUUGUUCUUAUUAUGCUACUAAUACGAGCAAAAAAAGCUGCAAUCAAAGAGAAAGAUAAAAAGAGACGUUUUGCAAAGAAGACUACGAAAAAGUAUUCGGUGAAGGACUUUAUGGUGGCCACGGAUAAAAACAAACAUAAGAAAAAGAAAAGCAGCAAAACUGGUCCACCGCAUAGCUCAACCGCUACACAACAAAGUGACACCAAAUCUGGAGAGGAUAAACUACCAAAUCCAUUGGACGCUAAAAAAGAAGCGCAGGAUGAGCAGAAAAUUUUGGCUAAGAUUGUGCCUCUUCAGACAAAAGAAGAUAUCCAGAUGAAAACUGUAAAACCUCCUAGCCGUCUUUCUAGACUUUCAAGACAGCCUCAAAAAUUCAACCUCACCAGGAGUCAAAUGCAACAACAAGUGAAACAGUUCAAUCUUUCUAUUGAUAGGCUUGGUUUCAACAGCAUAAAACCAGCUUCUCGGGAAAGUAGCUUGGAUAAUAAACUGAUUUCGUUAAAUGUGAACACGUUGUGA